AAAGUGUGUACCCCUAGCUCCACCCUUUUUUGUAUUCUUAACAAACUUUUUUUGAAAGGACUCUUAACAAACUUAUAAAGCUAAACAUAUAAAGCUGAUUAUACAAACAGUAACUACCGAAUGGUCAGUGGAUGUCAACCCAUUGGCUGGAAUGGCUGCCUAGAUUGAUGGUAAGAAAAAGAAAAGAAUAGUGAUUGCUCAUGACUACUUAUGUCUUGUGACACCACAAUUCAAGGGCAAUUUAUUACUUCUUUCUUUUAAAGUUUGUCUUAUACUCCGUAUUAUUUUUUUCAAACUUUCCCUUUUCAUUAGUUUUAAAAUAAACUUGAUUUUUCCUUAUGGACAAAAAAUUUGUGGUUCAUUACAUUUUAUUCUUCUCUUUUAUAUGUACAACUUUCAACCACACAAUUUUUAGUUGUUUAAAUCCUGAACAAAACUUUAUUCGAAAAAUAGAAGAAGAUGGCAUUUCAUCCCUAAGAGCUCCCAACUGAGAAAAUAUAAAUUGAAUUUUAAUCACAUGCUGAUAGAUAGCGGAUGAGACUUUCACCUAAAAUUUUGUAGAGACUAGGCUCUAUGCAUUUUGGGAGAGGAGUAAUAUAAUUGUAGUGGACUGGUUCCACCACUGUCCACACAAUAAUAAGUCACACUCACAAAACUUCAUCUUCUCUUUCUCUAACAAAAUUGAUACUCCGUACUUUAUACUAAUUUAGCGGACAGAAAGAAGAAAAGAACAUGUUCAAGCUCAUUCCAAGGGAGCUCUCAAUCUCUAGAUCAUUCCUUCUGCAGGCAUUCAACAGGAAAUUCUCUAUCCUGUCAGAGAGGAAACUUGAAGGUAAGGUAGCCUUGAUUACUGGAGCCGCAUCUGGUAUUGGGAAAGUAACUGCAACCAAAUUCAUCAGCAAUGGAGCUAAAGUCAUCAUUGCAGACAUCCAAGAGCAGUUGGGCAGAGAUACCGCCACGGAGCUCGGAGAAAACGCUGCCUUCAUCGCCUGUGACGUCUCCAAAGAAUCUGACAUCUCCUGCGCUGUUGAUUUCGCAUUGUCUUGCCAUGGUAAACUCGACAUCAUGUACAACAAUGCUGGCAUUCCGUGCCGGACCCCAUUUAGCAUUGUUGACUUGGACAUGGCGGAGUUUGACCGUGUGAUGUCGAUCAACGUUCGCAGCGUGGUGGCGGGGAUCAAGCACGCUGCCCGCGUGAUGAUCCCACGCCGUUCGGGGUCCAUAUUGUGCACGGCCAGCGUGACAGGGGUAAUGGGAGGAUUAGCACAACACACAUAUAGCAUAUCCAAGUCCUCUGUCAUCGGAAUAAUGAAAUCUGCCACGGCUGAACUAUGCAAGCACGGGAUUCGGGUGAACUGCAUUUCGCCCUACGCCAUUCCAACGGCCUUUUCCAUACCAGAAAUGAAGGAAUACUUCCCCGACAUCGAUGACCGGGUGCUUGCCGGGAUGCUACACAAGUCAGGGGUGCUGGAAGGAGCUCAUUGUGAACCUAGUGACAUCGCCCACGCCGCCGUUUAUUUGGCCUCCGACGAUGCCAAAUAUGUCAGCGGGCAGAAUCUGGUGGUUGAUGGUGGUUUUACAUCAAUCAAAACUUUGAACCUCCCCAUGCCUGAUCAGAUUCAAUAAGCUGCAUGGUGAUCCGAAGAUGUAUAUUAAAAGGGGGAUUUCACUAACACAUACCAUCUUCAAUUACAAGAAUCAUGCCUUUAUAUCACGUCAGAAUAUAUAAGAGUAAAUUACUCUUGUUCUUAUUUCAGUUAGAUUAGAAAUGAAUCAAAUCUCCAACUGCAGUCCCUAAAGUGCGAUUUGGAAUUUGAAAAUCAGUUGGAUUUAUGACCUACUUUUGAAUGUGUAGACUUUAUAAUCAAUAUUAAACGGAAUAAUCACUUUUGAAAUUGAAUGGGGG